UAGCAUUGAGCUGUCUUUUUGAACGGACAGCUAGCAUCAACUUCUUUGGCCUCCCACAAUUAAAUCAUUUAUACCUUAGGUACACAAUUGCUUGCAAUCUGCAGAGCAAUUACACAGCUAACCCUUAUGACGCUGUAUACAUGCGGUCCUUUGAUUUAACCCCAUCCCUUCUUUAAAUAUUCCUGCUGGUUUCCUCUACAUCCCCUAACCCUCUUAAGGGACGCCCGUGCCAAGGGAGCAAGCAAAUAUGGCCGGUGCUGGUAAGAAUCACUUGUCCUCGCGAUGGGCCAUGUUUUUCUGCCUUUUCACGGCCCUAUGCUUUCUCUUCGCUCCAGCAGUGUCGGUUAAGGAAAACGAUUUCAAGAAAUGCCACCAGUCAGGCUUCUGCAAGAGAAAUAGGGCCUACGCUGAUAAUGCAGCUGCCCUGGGAUCCUCGUGGAAAGCCCCAUACAAGAUCUCUCCCGAGCUGGCCUCGUUCAAAGAUGGCCAAUUCCAAGCCACAAUUCUCAAGACUAUCGACGAACAAGGAAACACUGUCCAGCUCCCUCUCACCGUAUCUUUCCUGAAAUCGGGGACGGCACGUGUCUCUGUCGACGAAAAGAAGAGGCAAGAGAAGGAUAUUGAGCUUAGACACAACAGCAAAGCAAGAAAAGAAAGAUAUAAUGAGGCUGAAAAAUGGGCCGUGGUUGGUGGUUUGGACAUCGACACAGAUGCCAAAGUUUCCCAAGAAAGCAAGGCCGGGAUCACCAUCCAGUAUGGCCCCAACUCUGCAUUCGAAGCCCAUAUAACAUACGAACCAUACGCAAUCGAGUUCAAACGUGAUGGUGCUACUCAAAUCAAGCUCAACGACCGGGGAUUGAUAAACUUGGAACAUUGGCGACCAAGGGUCGAGAAACCGACACCAGAGAAGAAAGAGGGUGAAGAGUCACAAGAAAAGAAAGAAGAUACCCCUGAAGUAUCACCCUCAGAAGAUGAGAGUACCUGGUGGGACGAGGCCUUUGGUGGAAACACAGACUCAAAGCCCCGCGGCCCCGAGAGCGUUGCGCUUGAUAUCACCUUUUUUGGUUACGAGCAUGUUUACGGAAUUCCAGAACACGCCGGUCCCUUAUCGUUGAAAGAGACACGUGGCGGCGAGGGAAACUAUGCGGAACCAUACAGACUUUACAAUUCUGAUGUUUUCGAGUACAUCUUAGACAGCCCAAUGACCUUGUAUGGUGCGAUCCCUUUUAUGCAAGCUCAGCGAAAGGACUCCACGGUUGGUGUUUUCUGGCUCAAUGCGGCCGAGACUUGGAUCGAUAUCAUUAAAGCUAAGGAAUCUAAGAGUGCUUUGGCUAUUGGAACUAGUUCCAAAACCAACACCCAAACUCAUUGGAUAUCGGAAAGUGGCUUGAUGGAUCUCUUCAUUUUCCUUGGCCCCACUCCUCGUGACAUAACCAAGAGCUAUGCCGAACUUACAGGUACCACUACCUUACCUCAGGAAUUUUCCCUCGGGUAUCACCAGUGCCGGUGGAACUAUGUCUCGGACGACGACGUUAAGGAAGUCGACCGUAAGAUGGAUCGAUACCAUAUUCCAUAUGAUGUCAUAUGGUUGGACAUCGAGUACACCGAUGACAAGAAGUACUUUACGUGGGAUAAAGAUAUGUUCAAAGAUCCGAUCUCUAUGGGAAAACACUUGGAUAAUCAUGGGAGGAAAUUGGUCACCAUUAUUGAUCCUCAUAUCAAAAAUGUAGGCGGCUAUCACGUAUCUGAGGAGCUCAAGUCGAAAGGUCUAGCCGUCAAGAACAAGGACGGUAAUGACUUCGAUGGCUGGUGUUGGCCAGGUUCUUCUCAUUGGAUUGAUGCAUUCAACCCUGCAGCCAUCAAAUGGUGGACUUCCCUGUUCAAGUAUGACGCGUUCAAGGGCACCAUGGAGAAUACCUUUAUUUGGAACGACAUGAAUGAGCCGUCCGUAUUUAACGGACCCGAAGUUACCAUGCCGAAGGACAAUCUCCAUCACGGCGACUGGGAACAUCGUGAUGUUCAUAACCUCAAUGGAAUGACAUUCCAUAAUGCCACAUAUGAGGCUCUCCUUUCCCGGAAGAAGGGUGAGCUGCGACGCCCAUUUAUACUUACGAGAUCAUUCUAUGCCGGCUCCCAGCGUCUUGGAGCAAUGUGGACAGGUGACAACCAGGCUAGCUGGGAACACCUUGGCGCCUCUAUCCCCAUGGUCCUUGCCCAAGGAAUUUCUGGAUUCCCCUUCGCUGGCGCUGAUGUUGGUGGUUUCUUCGGUAAUCCGGAAUUGGAGCUACAGAGCCGUUGGUUCCAAGCUGGUGCUUUCUACCCUUUCUUCAGAGGACAUGCACAUAUUGAUGCUCGACGCCGUGAACCGUUCCUUCUUGCAGAACCUCACCGAUCCAUCGUUACCUCUGCUCUUCGUCUGCGUUACAGCCUGCUUCCGUCUUGGUACACUGCUUUUUACCACGCCAACCGUGAUGGAAGCCCCAUAAUACGCCCCUUGUACUGGACUCACCCAAGCGAAGAAGGCGGCUUUGGUAUUGAUGACCAGUUCUUCGUCGGGUCAACUGGCCUUCUGGUAAAGCCGAUUGUAGAGAAAGGAAAGACUUCUACGGAUAUUUAUAUCCCAGAUAGCGAGGUCUACUAUGAUUAUUUCAACUACAAGAAGUUAGCUACGACGAAAAGCAAGCACAUCACUGUGAAUGCACCCCUCGAGACUAUCCCCGUGUUGAUACGGGGUGGACACAUAUUCCCUCGCCGUGACACGCCUCGACGUUCUUCCCAAUUGAUGAAGUUCGACGAUUACACUCUCAUUGUGGCUGUCGGAAAUAACGGUGAAGCCGAAGGAGAAUUGUAUGUUGACGACGGCGACUCCUUCGAUUACGAAAAGGGACAAUACAUCCACCGAACAUUUAAGCUUGCGGGUUCAACACUUACUUCUACCGACACCGAAGGUCGUGAUACCAAAGAAAUCAAGGAAGGCGAUUGGCUGAAGCAGAUGCGCAACGUUGCCGUCGACAAGAUCAUCGUCGUUGGAGCGCCCUCGUCCUGGGCCAACAAGAAGGAAGUAGUAGUCGAGUCGGAGGGCAACAAAGUCUCAGUACCGCUCACGUACCACAAGGCAGAUGGUAACAGGGGCGCAUUUGCGGUCAUCGGACGGGUUGGUGCUCAGAUCGGCGCCGACUGGUCUGUUUCUUUUGCUUAGACUAUGAGAUAUGAAAUACAGGCAUCAGCUAUAGACACGAAUAUAUGAUCAAAUACUAGGUAUAAAUACUUAUCACUUUAGGUGUUUAUUUUGCAGGAUGAUCUUAUAUGGAUAUCAAUAAGUG